AGAUGACCCAUGACGGGGUAAAGGCGAAUGACCGCGGUUUCACUGUUCCCGCUUCACUGACAGGCAGUCCAAUUCAAAGCCACCAGAUUUUUUUAAAGGGCCCAUUUCGGCAAAAAAAAAGUUCGAUUCAAAGAUCUACCAUGUCACAGCCUACAGCCGAUACCAUUGACGACAUUCUGUACUGUGCACGAUACGGUGAAUUCGAUGAACUGAAGAAUGCCAACUUUCCUGCAGAAUUCUUCGCCGCUGCUGACGAGACCGGCAACACGGGAUUGCACAUGGCCUGCGCCAAUGGUCACUUGGAUAUCGUCAAGUAUGUAGUGGAGAAACUUGCUAGUCUCGAUAAUGUCACACAGUACAUCAACAGUCAAAAUGAACAAGGAAAUACGCCGCUGCACUGGGCGGCGCUUAAUGGUCAUUUAGAGAUCGUGCAGUUGUUGGUUAGCUCCUAUGGAGCAGAUAUGAAGAUCAAAAACAAAGCUGGAAGAUCUCCCAUCUAUGAGGCACAAGCAUAUAAUCAUGAAAAGGUUGCGGAAUUUUUCCUUUCUACUAUGGUUGAGGAUGCAGAGGGAGACACUAGUGAAGACGUUCAAGAUGUUGUAGAGCAAGGGCCUUCGUCAGGCAGCGGAACAUCCCAAGUUACUGCUUAAUCGUUUACAUUUCCUUUUCGGGACCAAUGUUUUCGCGGCUGCCAAUAAGGCAAGCUGACAACCUCAAGUUGUUUGUUAUUGC